CAUAAUUAUUAUUUUAAAAGUUUUGCAUUAUACAAGUGGUGGUAUGGAAAAGCUCUUAUAGCCACCUCUCUAGUCUCUGCACAUUGCAUAGUCACACUUUCUCUUUCUUUUCUUUAUUUAUUCAAUUUUGGGACACUACAAAUUGGCAUCCUCUCCCUCUCAUUAUCCUUCAUUUUCAUUUCCAAAAACCUCUCUACUUCUUUGUUUCACAUCUCACAAAUAACCUCUCAACCCUUUCCCAUCUCUCUCUCAACAGAUUUCAUCAACUCCUCGUUUAGAAAAUGGGAACUGUUGUGUAUCAACAAGGGUUUCAGUCAUCUCAACUUAAUGAACCUUGGGCUUUAAGGCUUAGGCUAUCUUCACCAACUCCUCACUUCUCCCAACCGUUUGGUUUAGCUCUCAAGCCUCAUUUGCUUGAUUCCUCUAAUGCACAAGACACACAAAAUCGUAACGACGGCAAACCAGCUGCUUCCUCGGGCACUGUUGACUCGAGUAGCUGGAGCUUUCUCCAGUCUCUAGCCUACGACUCCUCCUCUCUCUCAAAGACGACUAGCUCUGAGAAAGAGAAGACUUAUGUUCAACGUCCGUCUUCUUCUAGAACUCUAAGCGACGAGAGCUUAGCAUUGUGCACUGAAAAUCUCGGAAGCGAAACUGGCUCUGAUGUUACUGACGUUGAAGAUCUGUUCUCGCUUUCUUCAUCUGACGUGCAGAGCAAGAAACUCGAGGUAACAACAACGGAGACAAGAACGUUGAAAAUUAAGAAAGGGUGCCCUAGUAAUCUCCCACCUCCGUUGACCAGUAUGAGAGGGUCUCAUUGCAUUCAAAUGCGACCACACCGUGAAGAUGGAAGAUUGGUCAUGACUGCCACAAAGGCACAACCUCUUAACAGGUGCUUCCAAGCUGACCGAAGCAACGGUCGUCUCCGACUCUCUAUCUUGAAAGACAAAGAAGAGAAGAUUGAGCCCGAUGAAUACGAGGAUGAUAUUGAUGAAGAAGAAGAUGAUGACCUGAUGGACAUGGAGAAUGUUCAAAUAGCAAGAAUAUGUACUGAAGGCGAUCGGGAAAACUUGAGAUUACUAAAUUGGGCUACUUCCUGAAACAAGAAACUUCUUUAAUUUGCUCUGUUUUUACAGUUUCACUUUCAUAAUUUUUUUAUUGUAAUCUUUUUAAUUAUUCAAUAGAAAUACCGCCGUUUCU